UCGGUGAAGGGACCGGAGACCUUUCUACUGUUGCUGCUGCUGUGUGUCGUCGUAGUGGGCGGACUCUGACGCGGAGCACACAGAUGUCUUUUUAGGCUACACGACACCUUCAGAUUGACACCAUUGUCGUCUUCUGCUUAUUUUUGUUGACUUUCAAACUUGUUGACAGACCGACAUGGCAGCCCAGUGUGUCACCAAGGUGGAGUUGACCGUCUCUUGUGAGAACCUCCUGGACAAAGACAUUGGCUCCAAGUCAGACCCUCUCUGUGUGCUGUUGAUGUCCAGCACAGACUCCCAGUGGUAUGAGCUGGCACGAACAGAAAAAGUUCAAAACUGCCUGUCGCCAAAGUUUGCCAAGAAGUUUGUCAUCGACUACUACUUUGAAAUAGUGCAGAAACUCAAAUUUGGGGUCUACGACAUCGACAACAAGACCGUCGACCUGAGCGACGAUGACUUCCUGGGGGAGCUGGAGUGCACAUUGGGCCAGGUUGUGUCCAGUAAGAAACUGAUCCGCCCACUUGUUUUGAAGAACAAGUCUCCUGCAGGGAAAGGGACGAUCACAAUCAAUGCUGAAGAAAUAAAGGACAACAGGGUGGUGAACUUCGAAGUGCAAGCUAGAAAACUAGAUAACAAGGAUUUGUUUGGAAAGUCAGACCCUUAUUUAGAGUUCUACAAGCAGACGGCAACAUCAUGGCAGCUGGCUCAUAGGACCGAGGUGGUGAAGAACAACCUCAAUCCAACAUGGAGACCAUUUCGAAUCCCACUGCAGUCUCUGUGUGGAGGAGACAUGGACAAACCCAUAAAGGUUGAGUGUUACGACUACGACAACGACGGUUCCCACGAUCUCAUCGGGACCUUCGAAACAACCAUGAAGCGCCUCCAGGAAGCAUCGCACUCCUCUCCGGCGGAGUUUGAGUGCAUUAACAGCAAAAAGAAGCAGAAGAAGAAAGGCUACAAAAACUCUGGGGUGGUCAGCGUGAAGCUGUGCCAGGUGGUGAAAGAGUACACAUUCCUGGAUUAUAUCAUGGGAGGCUGCCAGAUAAACUUCACUGUGGCCAUCGACUUCACAGGCUCCAACGGAGAUCCCAGGUCUCCUCAGUCGCUGCAUUACAUUAGCCCGCAGGGUGUGAACGAGUACCUGACAGCUAUCUGGUCUGUGGGAAACGUCAUUCAGGACUAUGACAGUGACAAGAUGUUUCCCGCCUUCGGCUUUGGAGCCCAGAUUCCUCCUAACUGGCAGGUGAACCAUGAGUUUCCGCUCAACUUCAACCCCGCAAAUCCAUUUUGUGCAGGUGUUGAAGGCAUCGUGGAGGCCUACAGGGUGUGUCUGCCUCAGGUCAAACUCUACGGUCCCACCAACUUCUCCCCAAUCAUUAACCAUGUAGCCUCCUUUGCUAACCAAGCCCUCCAGCAGACUACAGCAUCACAAUACUUUGUUCUGCUGAUCAUCACUGACGGGGUGAUCACCGACAUGGACGAGACCCGCAACGCCAUCGUCAACGCCUCUCGCCUGCCAAUGUCCAUCAUCAUUAUAGGAGUCGGGGGAGCCGACUUCACCGCCAUGGAGUUCCUGGACGGCGACGAUGGCCGUCUGCGCUCUCUGUCCGGAGAAACUGCCAUGAGAGACAUAGUCCAGUUUGUUCCAUUUAGGCAGUUCAAAAACGCUCCCAAAGAAGCGCUUGCUAAGAGUGUGUUGGCAGAAGUCCCGUCUCAGCUGGUGGAGUUCUUUACUGUGAUGAAGCUGAAACCCCCCAUCUCCCAACCUGCAGCCAAUCCUGCCGGGACGGUGUGAGCGUACAGGGAGGGAGAACAAACACAGACCACUCUCACUUCCUGCACACACAAAUCUGAUCCUAGCUUCUUGCAGUUCAUUGACCAAGGCUCCCUUUCAGAUUUCAUCACUAGAAAAAAAAAAAACACUCCAGCCUGUGGGCCAGAUUGUUUUUUUUUUUUAAACAUGAUGCAGUUUUGUUCAAUUCAUGGUGCUUCAUCCAGGGAUUAAAAUCAUUCCUUCAUGUCUUAAUAGCAGGGGAAAAAAACAGCUUUUUGAAAAUAGAGUAGUGUAUAUGAAUAUUUUUUUAAAAUAUAAAAGGCUGUAGCAUGUGUUAAGAUAUGUUUAGACCACGGGUCUUAAAUGCAAAUGAGCUGAGGGCCACAGCUGCAAACAUCACAUUAUGUCGGUGUUUAAUAUUAAUAUAAAAAACAACAAAUAUUUUAGUAUGAUAUUUCCGUGUAAACACCGAGUGAAAAUUUUAUUUUUAAAUUAGCAAAUUCAAAGUUAAAUUAUCGAGAAAAAAAACAUACCUCAAGAGCAAAAAUUCAAUUAUUGUUUAUGGGGCCAAAUGUGUAGGGGUUUACAGGUCAGAAGUGGACCCCGGGACCUGGCGUAUGAGAUCCCUGGUUUUGACCAUGAGGGUUUGGAACAAAUAUAAGAACAAUAUUAAAUACAUAUUGACAAGUAGUUGUGGAUUCAAAGCGUGGGCCAGAAGUUUAGGACCCCUGUUUUAGACAGUAAAGAUUUUCGUUAUAGUCAUAUGAGAUCCAUGUUUUUAGAGACUCACAGCUAAGGCCAGUGAACUCCCAUUCACAAUGUUCCAAUAUUAUGUACUUCGCACUCAGUACUAAUAACAUGACUAUAAAAGUGCUUUUUGUUAUUCAGGUAUCCGUAUAUGGGCUUUAGUCAGUACGUCUGUUAUAUUUUAUAUUACUUAGGAAUCUAUCAAUUCAAUCUCAAAUUACAUCUCACAGUGUUUCUUUUUUAUAACGUAUGUCGACCUGAUAUUUAGUACAGUUUGCUUGUAAAACAAGCAAACUCGAUUUUUUAACUGAUAGAAAGUCUGUAGAACUUUGUGAAAAUCAUAAAUCGGCUCAAGGUCUAAAUGUAGCUAAUUUAGCUGAAUUAAGUUACAUUAUUUUUUUUAACCAUACUUUGCGGUGUUAAAAGGGUACAGUAAUUUAAUUGUCUGUCCAACCUUAUCGCUAACAGCCAAACAAAGACAACGCAUGUUUUUAUUUCUAUUUCCGUUUCUAUUUUUCUAAUUGUGGUAUUCAUGGGUCAUUUCCUGGACACAGGGUCGUCUAAAUGACCUGCUCUUGUGGUCUUAAAGUAGUCAAGAGUAAAUCUCAGUUUAUAAGGAAGGGCAGUUUAUCAGUACGCUAUGUUAUCUUACGGUGUGUUCCUAACAAACGGGACAGCUGAGCCAACGUCAGUGUUACUGAUUUUACAGCUAAUUUGUGCCUAAUGUUGUGCAACAUAAUGCAGCUGCUGGGAAUGUAAAAGGCCUUGUAUUUUAUUAUCCAAAGAGCAACUCGCCUGAAAUUAAAGUGCCUCCUGUUCAGCACAAAAAUUAAAACACCCAUUGACGAUGA